UGGCAGUGUUCGUGUUGCAGGAACUGUGGGAGCUUGCGUCAGCCAGGAGGGACAACCACCCGCCGGUCGGUCCGUGGUUCGGAGGAGACAGGACAUAACAAUAUGGAUCCAAGCUGCGAAGAAUAAAACUACUUUAUAUUUAUAUUUUAAACCAGAAGCGCCUUCUCCUCUCCAGAGCUGAGCCGGAGAGCAGGUUUAAAACUUCACUUUGCAGAUCAGUGAAGUGUGUGAGGCGUUUGUGGACUCUCAGGGAAAUUAUCUGUACACUGUAGUCGUGCAGCAGGACAGCAGCCAGAUUACUGGUUACAUCAAAGUGUAUGUGUGAAUGUCCACACUGAGCAAAGUGCAAGGUCUCCUCAGAGCUCAGAUAUGAGCUGCGACCAGCUCUAACCACUGCUCCUCUCUUUACCUCUGCAGCUAACUUAAUGUGCCUUUUUACGCUUCUACUUUUUAUAAGCUAGUUUUAUUUUUGCACCAAAGAUGUCGUGCCUGUUGCUGGGUGUCAUACGAAGACAUGGUGGUGUUGGGGCGAGUGUCGGGGUUCGGUCCCUGGCCUCCAUCCCCUCGCUGCCCCCGGCGGUAGCUGAGUUUGUGAAGGGAGCGGUUGAUGAAUGUAAGCCCUCUGGUGUGCAUGUGGUGACGGGGACACCGGAGGAAACAGCCAACAUCCUGGCAGGUCUGGAGAAGGAGGGCAUGGUCAAGAGGCUUCCUAAAUAUCAGAACUGUUGGCUGGCACGUACAGACCCAAAGGACGUAGCUCGGGUGGAAAGCAAGACUGUGAUUGUGACCAAGAACCAGAGGGACACCAUCCCCAUCCCUGCUGACGGAGUGAAGAGUCAGCUGGGCAGCUGGAUGAGCGAGACUGACUGGGUGAAAGCCAGACGGGAUCGUUUCCCCGGCUGCAUGGCAGGUCGGACCAUGUAUGUGAUUCCCUUCAGUAUGGGUCCUGUAGGCUCGACUCUGACUAAAUAUGGUGUCCAGGUGACAGACUCACCAUACGUUGUGGCCAGUAUGGGGAUCAUGACGCGCAUGGGCACUCCUGUCCUGAAGAAACUGGCUGACGGAACGGAGUUUGUCCGCUGUCAGCACUCUUUGGGACGACCUUUACCACUCAAAGCCCCUCUGGUCAACGCAUGGCCCUGUAAUCCAGACAAGGUGCUGAUAUCUCACCUGCCAGACACCAGGCAGAUCUUGUCCUUUGGCAGUGGCUAUGGAGGAAACUCUCUCCUGGGGAAGAAGUGUUUUGCCCUUCGCAUCGCCUCCCGCAUCGCCAAGGAUGAAGGCUGGCUGGCUGAGCACAUGUUGAUUCUGGGUAUUACCAACCCUCAGGGAGUGAAGCGUUAUGUCGCAGCAGCCUUUCCCAGCGCCUGUGGUAAAACUAACUUGGCCAUGAUGAAACCAAGUCUGCCAGGCUGGAAGGUUGAGUGUGUGGGCGAUGACAUUGCAUGGAUGAAGUUUGACAGCCAAGGGAAACUGAGAGCCAUCAACCCAGAGAACGGUUUCUUUGGUGUGGCUCCCGGCACCUCAGACAAGACCAACCCCUACGCCAUGGCCACCAUCGCCAAAAACACAGUGUUUACCAAUGUAGGCGAGACCAGCGACGGAGGAGUGUGGUGGGAGGGCCUCGACCCCCCUGCAGCUGGGAUCACACUCACAGACUGGCACGGCAAAAGCUGGAAGCACGGAAGCUCGACUCAGUGCGCCCACCCCAAUUCCCGCUUCUGUGCCCCGGCGGCUCAGUGUCCCAUAAUCGACCCCAUGUGGGAGAGUGAGGAGGGCGUUCCGAUUGACGCCAUCAUCUUCGGUGGCAGGAGGCCAGAGGGAGUCCCUCUGGUCUACGAGUCUUUCAACUGGCAACACGGGGUCUUUGUUGGAGCUGCCAUGAGGUCUGAGGCCACAGCAGCUGCUGAGCAUAAAGGCAAGGUCAUUAUGCACGAUCCCUUUGCCAUGCGACCAUUCUUCGGUUAUAACUUUGGUGACUACCUCGCUCACUGGCUGAGCAUGGAGAGACGAAAGACCCCCACUCAGCUGCCCAAGAUCUUCCACGUCAACUGGUUCAGAAAGGACCCUGCAACCGGUGCCUUCCUCUGGCCUGGCUUUGGUGAAAACGCACGUGCACUGGAGUGGAUCUUCAAGCGCUGCAGCCGGGAGAGGGAGGACGAGGCAGCCAAGAAGAGCAUUAUCGGCUGGCUGCCAGAAGAUGGCGCCAUCGACACUAAAGGUCUGGGCAAGGUGGAUAUGGGUGCCUUGUUCGAUGUGCCCAAGUCUUUCUGGCAGAAGGAGACGAAGGAGUUGAGAGCCUACUUCACCCAGCAAGUUGGAGCUGAUCUGCCUGCACAGGUGGAGGCUGAGCUGAAGGCACUAGAGGACAGAGUGCACAGUUAAAAAACCCUACCGACAGGAAGUUCAUCCAGAAACGGAGGCAGUCACAGGAUUCAGAUCAUUAGGGUGCGAUCAGAGUCACUGGCUGGGUUUACAUACACAGAGAAUUUAGUUCUGAAAACAGAGUUUUAGUUUUAUUCACAUACACAUAAAAACUGAGACUGGAGAGCCUGGUUGAGAUGUUUGGCUGACAGGUCACUGCAGCUUGGAAACAUCCCUCCACCUCUUUGGUUUUCACAAAAGAGAAUAUGUACUGAAAUUCAGUAUGAGAGAGUUCUGGUACUUGCUGCUCAGUCAAAGUAGAGCUGCAAUGAUCAAUCGAUUAGAUACUGAUUGUAUUAAAUGAAUCACCAACUAGUAGUAAUUAAUGUAAGUGUAACUUAGGUUAUUUUCUGUAGCUACAAAUUACAGAUGCCCCCUAAACACCUCAUAUACAGACUGUCAGCAGACAAUACAAUUUACUGAUUUUCCCUCAACACCUCAGAUAAUACUGGUAACAAUAGACAUUAUGUCCAGCAUCUCCACAUUCAGCCUUUAACAACACCACAUAAGGCCACUGUCAAAAAGCACUCAUUAUUAGUGGAAUAUUAUGGUGGUCCAUGUACACACACCUAAAGACAGUAAACUGAAUAUCCCCCCCCCCUUUUUUUUUUUUUUUU